UUACAGUGUCAGAUUCCUUUCUGAAACUAUUCAAAGAAGCACACGGUAAAUUACGCGAUUGAAUAUUCGACGAGAUAUUUAACCCUCUGACAUAUAGUACUUUUCUUUGAUGGUUUGAUAGUACAAAAUGUCUUUCUAUGACAAUCGCUAUUAUUACAUCAAUAAAAUGUUACUAUCUCUCAUCGGCCAAUGGCCGUUUCAAUCUCGAAUGGAAGGAAUUGUCAUGCUUGUCAUAACAUUAUUUCUCAGUUGCAGUUUCAUGUCCUUGCAGAUUUGGGGUUUGAUAGCUGGGAUAAAUGAUUUAAAUAUUAUCAUGGAGAAUGCUUCACCAUUAUUUAUAGACGUUUUCAUUUUCAUGAAGCUAAUUAAUUGUUUAUACAAUAAGGAUAAAAUGAAACAUCUUUUGGAACGUAUCGAAGAGACCUGGAAAAGAAUACAAGUAGGACCAGAGAAUAAGAUAUUACAAAAUCACGCAGAACAAAACAGAACGUUAAUAAUAAGAUACGCAUCAAUAAUGUACAUGUUGGGUGUCUUUUACUCUGCAAUGCCCAUCAUCGUUAAAGUACUAUACUGGCUUUUACCUACGAAUGAAGCUUACACGACCAGGUUUCUGUUUCGCUUGAAUCAUGUUCUCGACGUGGACAAGUACUUCACUCUAUUGAUGCUUAAUGGAAUUCUCGGUGUACUCUUCUUAAUGUCGGUGUGGGUAGCUGCCGAUGGUAUGUUCAUACUUUGCACUCAGCAUGUCUGCGCAUUAUUCGAGACUGUACAGAAUAAAGUGAAGCGCAUACAAGGCUCGGAUAUUGUGAUGGACGAGCCGAAUAUAAUGGAUGAUGAAGCGUAUCACGUUAUAAUUGAUUGUAUCAAAUCAUACAAAUAUACAUUAAAAUUUUCCGAGCUACUCUCGUCCACCUACGGAACACAUUUUCUUUUUUUGCUAGGAAACGUAGUUGUAGCUGUAAGCUUCUGCAUAGCUGAGUUAAUAAUGAGGGAUAUUCCAUUGGAUGAAACUGUCAGACUCAUCGCUUGCAAUACCGGAUUAUUAUUACAUAUAUUUUAUCUAAGCUUGAUGGCUCAACAAAUAAUCGAUUAUAGCGACAAAUUUCAAGAAGUAAUUUACAGCUGCAACUGGUACAAGAUUUCAUUGAGAUCCAGAAAACUAUUGAGAUUUAUGUUAUUGCGAGCUUCUAAGCCGUGUCAAAUAAAAGCUGGCAAAAUGUACGUAAUGUCAAUGGAGAAUUUCAGCUCGAUCUUACAAACCUCCAUGUCUUAUGUCGCGGUGCUCACUUCAUUGCAAUAA